GCCUUUCUCAUGUUUGCCUCUCACGUAACCACCAACGAAUUAAGGCUAAAAAGCCUAUUCUUGCCGCAGGAAAGAGGAAUCAUGUGAUGGGAAAAGGUUAUGUUCAAUUGCUUGUCGCCGCUUGUUGACUGACCUACAAGGAAACGAACCACCUGCCAGCCGCGAAAUUUCAAGAUUUUCUCCGUUCGGAUUUUUAGCCGAGUUUUUGCCCACAAAACCACAAGGGCAGCGACCUAAACGAUUAAUCUGAUUUUUUCUUGCGAUUUGCAGCCAUGUUUAUAGGAAAGUAAUCUCUGUUUUGGCGAACAAGAGGAAUUCCCUUUGAAAAUGAGUGAACUGAACAAGGCUGCCUCCAAGGAAGUUAUUAGAAUAAGAGAAGAAGACGCGGUAGAAGAGGAUUUCAAAAUGGAGGAGGAAGAAUCGCCAGGCGGUUCAAAUGAUCAAGACUGCGAACUACACAAGCAACUUAGCCAACAAUCAUCAUCUCCGCCGCAAACUUCGAAACGUAAAGACCGCAUUUCCAUCAAUGUUGGCGGUAUCAGACACGAAACAUAUCGCAGUACACUUAAAAAUAUCCCUGAUACCCGUUUAUCGUGGUUGGCGGACGCUUCGGCGGGUUCUGUAGACUACGACGCCGAUUUAGGAGAGUAUUUUUUCGACCGACAUCCGGGCGUUUUUUCCAAUGUCUUAAACUACUAUCGUACGGGUAAGCUGCACUGUCCGUUAGACGUCUGUGGGCCUUUGUUUGAAGAUGAGUUGAAUUUUUGGGGCAUUGAUGACCAACAAGUUGAAUCAUGUUGCUGGUUAACGUAUCGACAACAUCGAGAUGCACAAGAAACUUUAGCUGCUUUCGAAGGAGUAGAAUUUGAGAAUGAUUUUGAUGACGAUGAGCCACCGGAUUUUGGCAGGUAUGGUUUUGCAUUUGCAGCCGAAGCAGUGCCCGAUACUACAUGGUGGCAGAAAUACCAACCACGAAUUUGGACUUUAAUGGAAGAGCCCUAUUCAUCGAAGCUCGCUAAGGUAAGUGUUAACAAAGAAUGGUGAACCGCUUUUGAUGCUACUAAGCUAAAAAAAAAACCUUUCAAUUUGAGCUUAUUUAUGAGGUAAAAAAGUUUGCCAAGCGGUACAGUGACAUUCUCAGCUCAGUUCAACGAAACUUUCAAUUUAACUUCCGACCGUGUCAAAUAUGAAUUUAUUCUAUGUAGAUGUCGAAAACGGCACUUUUUUUUUGUCAUUGUACGCAAAGCUACGUAGAUUGAGUUUCCGGCUUGUGAAUGCAACUGUAAAAUUUUUUAGAGUAUUUUGUAAUUGUAGCGAUAACACAAGUUGCAAAGGAAGGUUAAAUUAAAAGCUUUACAUAUACCUAAAACGUGAUUUUACUCAUGGAAAAAUACAACCGUAUUAUUACAAGACAUCUAACCUCCGCUCACGAAAUAGAAACCUUAAAAAUUAAACAUAAAAUUUUCGUGGUUUUCAGAAAUUUAAGCGCCGUUCAAAAUGAUUUUUUGAGAGGAAAUACAUUUUGCUUGAAGGUUUAAAGUGUUUACGUUAAUUCUUGUCGAGCGGAGCACGUAGUUAUAAAAAACUAUAAAAACGGGUCAACAAAUUGCGGCGUAAAAUCGAGGAAAAAAUCAUUAUCAGAUUUAUUGGAGUCAGCGAAAGACGAAGGUUUCUCCCCCUAGUUCCUACUUUGUGGUUUAUGGUAAAGAGUGGACGAUGCAAUGUUGAUUUGUAGGACAGAUAAAUUUCAAAUAUAUCUGUAUCUGAAUUAAUGAUCUAGGGUAGAUUGAAAACGCGAUGCAUUCUAGUAAAAAAUAAUUCCACCUCAACUGAAAUUUUGCUUUUUUGCGUUUUUUCACCUUUGUUAGAUCGAGCUGAGCUCGGAUUUCAGAUAUUUAAAGAUCUGAAGUUUAGAUUCAAAUUUUGUGCUGGUUACUCGGUAAACUUUAACCGACAGCGCUAGAAAUCAAAUAUUUAUGAGUUCUAGCAUUAGAACGAGUGAUUUAUAAGCAUCCUGGCGAGCUACGAAUUCUUUAUAUCCUGAGAAUUAUAGUCUGCUUGAUUUAAUGGUCUAAAAUAUUCCACGUAAUUAGACAGUUUACACAUCUUGAAUAGCACAGUUAGAACCUAGUCAACUGAACUAAGCCAUUCCUUCAAACUUAAGCCAAUUAGGUGUGUAAAAACCCAGUAAAAUAUGUUUCAACCCUUUUUCCUUUUACAUAUUAAGAGAGAGUACAAGUCCUUCCCAGCAUGACUAUUGCUUGAUUAUUGGAGGAAACCAGGAAGGGGUAUAUCAGGAUUUGAAAACCCCACUUUUGUUUUCAAAAAGGAGGCACCAAUGGGUUUUAAAAUUGCGUUGAAGAAAUACAUUAUCGCUCCGCAGAGCAAGUGCUUUAAUUUCAGAAAACGAAAUGUCGAGCACUGUAAGGUAUAUUAACUGGAAAACUCCCUCAGUCUAAAAUUAAUAUGAAAUGUUUUAUGCCGAAAUUUCCGUUAAAUACUUGUUGCGGACGAGAACUUUAAUGCAUGUAACGGAUUCGAAGCGUUUGGUCACGAAGAAAUGAUGCGGUAUGACAAAUUCAGAGAGCGUAAUUAUAGUGUUUUGUACUUGAAGUUAUAAUCUAGGUUAUUAUAAGGGCUUAACGCCAUUACGCGUUAAAUUGUCUUGAGUCUUGGUUUUUUCUCUAGCACUUAGAGUUGAGGUCAGCGAAAUGUGUCAACCGCUUAAGAAGUAAACUUAGUGUUUCUUUUGAUCUAAUAAACACACACGCUGAAAUCAGAAAACAUACAGGAAAUAACCUCACGUGUGGAAAUUUUAAAUCGCCUCACUUACAAACUUGUCCUAAAGUAGAUUAACAAAAUAUUCCGUAACAACGAAAAAAGAAACAUGCAUAAUUAAUCUCAUUCAUCAGUGUAAUUUCUCUCCAAAAUAUAACCACGAAGUCAAUUUUUUCCAUAUACUUUGUGAAUUUUGACAUCGAAGAGCGCAAACCAAGCGGCUGUAAUCCUUUCUGUCUACAUGCCGGCUUUGUGUAGUUCUGUUUUCUUUAUAUUACAGUCAUUGUUCGUUACUAGCACCGCUGUUGCCGUUGGAGAUAACAAGAACCGUAAACUAAUUUUGCUCGCUGUUUUAAACAGAGAUUUUGAUCGAAAUUCUUGGCAUUUUUUUCAAAGUGAGCACAGAUGACAUGGCAACUUUUAAGCCGCUGUGAGCCGACUUUUGAAUGUAUUUUUCAGCCUUACAAGAUAUAUUCAUUGUCAUCGGAGCGGUUAAUAACCGCGCUUAUCUUAUUCAUAAUUAAACACAAGACAAACAGUUUAGGUAAUCCAAGCUAAUCCGUUUUUAUAACGUUAGUUUUAUAUUUGCAUUUAGAGAGCAGUAUGGUCUUUACCCAUUCACACCACAUUAACCAUUUUUCACACAGAAGGGAAAGACUUUUAAGUUAACGGAAGCAAAUUGCUGCGUUGGUUCGGCACCGUGCACGCGAGGUGCGUUUUUCCGCCCGACACAAGAACGAUGCACCAUAUUAUCUCGUAAAAGAUUUCUGCUCUCCUGUGAUAGUAUUUUGGUAUAUACUGCGAAUAGCUUUUGGCCAGAGAAAGCACUUUGUUGAAAACGUAAAACACAAAAACUGCUUUUUUUCAAAGUUUACUUCCUGUUUCGCGCUGAAUUUUGAAAAUUUGACAAUUUUAUAGUCGAAAAUGGCUAAUUUGAAACAAACCGGUGACUUUCCUUAAAGAAUAGAGAAAAUUUGAAAACCUGAGGGACUUCAGUGCUGGCUUUGGGGAUUUUAAUAGAACACACGUUACUUGGCUCUAAUGUGGAUAACAACACUGUUAUCCAAACGGGCCAGAUUAAAGCAGGUAACAACCUGUUUUGGAGUUGUGUUAGGUAAAAGUAAAAUUUAUUUUAAACUUCAUAACUAAUAAAAGUACACAAGUCAGGUGAAGCACCGCGUCAUACAGGAUGAAUACAUAUGAAGUCAAAUCGUGGACAAAAUGUUCGACUUGUUGUUUCGUUGUUUCGUCGUUUCUUUGUGUCACUUCUUCGCUUCGAUCCGUCGUCUUGUCGCCGCGGCGUCAACGUUUCUUUGUUUCAAUUUACCACUUGACUCGCCGUUUCGUUUUCGCCUAUUUGACCGCGCUAGCCUGGGAAGGAGAAAAGGUAGAAUUCUCCCUCGGAAGUAGUUUUACUCUCUAGACAAUAUGACGAACUUGUCAAGGGAUGAAGAAUUGAAAACCUACCUACGCCAGAGUGUACAGCUCAUUUUCAACCGCGUAAACGAACAGUUUGAUAAGAGUGAGAGUGAAGUGAGCUAUUUAGUCAUUUUAUUAAAAACUGAAUCAUUGGAUGAUGCAAUUCAAGCGUUUUGAUUGGCUUAGCCAUCAUGGUAUAUGAGCAUUAUACAUGCUCUCCAUAUAUGGUCAGUGUACGCGUCAGUUCAAAAUUGGAAGCUAGCUGAGAUUUCUUUCGCGAAGGAUAGAAUGGCACCCGAAGAAAAUCGUUUUAAUUCUUAGAAUACUAGAAAAUGCGAUUUGAUCGGGAAAAAAAACACAAGCAAACAAAAAAGCCACAAAAGUUUGUUUGAAAGUUUAUCGAAAGCUACUAAAGAAGACAAGUAAGGCCCGGUUCAGACGCCGAACUUUAUUCGAAUUAAGGUCGACCCCAAUUAUUUAGACCGGCUGAACUGAUUCAGACGCCGAUCUUAAUUCCAGCCGUACUAUAUUCAAAAGGAGAAACAUAUUCGUUUCACUCAAACUGCUUACAAAAUGCUUUAUAAUAACUUACGCAUUUGGUUCGGUACAUGAAAAGUUCGGCGUCUGAAUUAAAGCCAAUCCAAAGUCGAUCAAAGUCGAAAUUCCCGGCCGGGCUAGGCGAAAGAACAACUGAGCCUUUCCAAAUUGAAAUAGGCGUUCCUAGUUGAUUCAGACGCGAAACCUCUUAUAUACUUAAUUCAAUGUAUUAGGUUCGGCACAUGAAAAGUUCGGCGUCUGAACCGGGCCUAAGCGUAUUGUUUCUUCAUGAUGGCGAAGCCACUCACCGAUCUAUAACUUCAACCUGCAGCUGUUCACUGUUCUUUAGCCUUGCGGACACCCCGCUAUAACGGACACCUCAAUAAAACGGACAGCAGCUAAAUCCCCGGCGAAAACAAAUUACAGACGUUUGACUGAAAUAAACUCUCGCUAUUACGGACUCUCGCUAGUGAGGACACUACCUCGAGGUCCCUACAGUGUCCGCAAUAAAGAGAGUUGACUGUAGUUACAAAUAUAGGCUAUGCAGCCAUUCAAUGCAGCAAUCCAGGCGUCAGUAUAGCAUUUUUUCUCGGUCAGCAAAACCAGCUGGCGGCUUCAAAAAACUUCAUAACAAGCUUUGCAUGAGUCUCUGAAUGGCGACCGAGGGAAGAGUUUUCCUGCAUUGUUCUUACUUUUGCAACUACACCAAAAAUCCAAAUUCACAUUAAUUUCGACGGUUGCACUUAAAAAUUCUUUUGUUUUUAUUAUCUGCGAGUUUUUUUUAGCUGUCCUGCUGUGUAAAAUCCUAGAAUCCCGAUGAGUUUUUUAAAAGUGUUCAUCGCCAAAGAAGUUUUGAUUUUUAUCCAUCCAGUCCGUUCACGCGUUGACAUUUAGGGACUUUAAGAACCCAGGACGCGGUGAGUCGGAGACGCGACCGGAAGUAGCUUUUCCAGUUUCGGAUGAAGAGCGCAUGCGCUCGGCGUUUUCUCCCGCUCUUGAGAACGCGGCCUGAAGAGAUUUGGCGUCGUCUGGAAAACGUGAGUAUUUAGCCAUGUUACUUAAAGCAAAUCAGUAUAAUUACCAGUCUCUCACAACUAUUCUGUCAAUUGGAAUUUAAAAUUUAUUGCCUCUUCAAAGGUUAGGCAUCAUUUUUGAAACGAAAAGGACCAAAGUUGAAUAGUUUAAAACGUUUUGUUCCCUCCAGGUGAGCAAGCACAUGGCGUCGAGCAGAUCUUCAAAGUAAGUCAUCUAAUUAUCCUUGAAAUGUUUCCCAAAAUCUCAUUUUCCUUCACAGUUGAGGGAAAUUAUCACUACAUUCAUGCGGCUAUUCUCAUGCUUGAUACAAUUUAGUUGUCAGGCGACCUAGCAUUCUACUUGGUCUUCUUUCUGUUUUUGAUUAAUCCAACGAGCUCCGAUGUGAAAUAUCAGAAUAAAACUUUAUCGGUUGUUCCUUGAACGGAUGAUCGAUUUUAGCUUCAUAAAUAAUUUAGCUAAGACUAUUCCGUUUUUCUAGUUGAGUCUCUACUAGAUCCAGGCUUGAUAAUUCAUGAUGAUCUGAAAUUGCAUUUCCUGAUAUUGAGUUUAAUUAAAACUCUACUAAAGAAAGCUUAUUAAAGCUAACUUUCAAAAAUCGCCCACUAUAAGAGGAAACAUAAGUUCAUUACCUUGACUGUCAUAAAGCGUAGCAUUUCAAUAGCUAAGACUUUGACAUUUCUGCUAUUGUGUUAUUUCCAUUUUUUUAUUUCUUUGAAAUUGUUACUAAUGAGCCAUGUUUUAGACAAUACUCUGAAGCGAAAACAAACCAAGACAAAUUAGAACUAGAGAGAGAUUGUAUUUGAAGUUAGAUGAUGUUGCCUAUCUCAUUUGAAGUUUUGAUAAUGUGUAUCUUUUAAAUUAUCAACGUUAGGCUUUGAAUGCAUUAUUCCACUGCUGUUAUUCCUGAAAGUGUAAGUUAUGGGUGAGGUCUCUUUCCCUCAGCAAGGCCGCUUUUUAAAUUUGUGAGCUUUAAACGUCAUUAAAGAAAAAUCUCACUUUUUUGAACAAGCAUAAAAUUAGCUGUGAGAUUGACAACAGCAUUUAGUUUCAAUUCAAAAGAAAGGGUUUUUUUGGAGUGAAUUUUAUUCUAAUAUUCUCUUUGUUUUUGUUUUCACACAGCAAUGUUAUGUACUGGACUGAACAGCACAAUAUUAUACUGUGCAGAGAAGUAGUGUUUGAAAAUCCCUACUUAUACAAAAAGGGGUCUUCCCAGCGCAGUGAAACUUGGAAGAAAAUUGUAGAUGUUCUAAACAAAUGUGCUUCUCCGCAAUUUAAUGUUGACCACAGAGCCAUCCGGGACCACAUCAAUGUCUUGGUAAACAAGUACAAGAAAAAAAUUAGAGCUGAAGAAAGAGCGUCAGGAAUAUCCCCAGAUGAGCCAAGUGAACUAGAUGAGCUAAUACAGCAAAUUAUUGCACUUGAAGAGAGUGCUCCCACAGAUACAUGUAGUAAGGAUAAAGCUGACAAAGCUAAAGCAGAGGAUGUAAGAAUGAAAGCUAUGGAAAGGCUUUCCCAAACCGAAAAAAGGGCGUCAGAGGAAGCCGAAGAGGGUGAGGACAAACCAAAACGAACAAGAAGAAAAACUGGAGAUGCCAUGGAGUUUCUAAAGGAAAGAGCACAGCAGAGUGCAGAAAUUAGAGAAAAGGAACUUGAGCUGGAAAAGGGAAGACAGGAACAACAACUUAAAGUCCAACAACAACAGGCUGAUAUGCUGAAGCUAAUGCACCAGCAACAACUGCAAAAUCAACAGCAACAGCAACAGUUCCAGCAGCAACAAAUGCUCAUGAUGCAGCAGGUCAUGGGCGUCAUGAGUAAAAUGCUUAACAAGAAGAUGUUAAAUUUCUAUUUCUAGAUGUUUAUACGUUUAAGAUUUACAUUUUUACAAAAUGUUGAACUCAGAGUAUUAUUUGCCACCCCUUUGUUUAGAUCUGCUUGUUGUUACAAUCCCUGCAAAUAACACACAACAACUGUUCAAUAAGGAUUUUAUACAAGAUUUUAUGUAAACUUAGGCAUUGACAGGUGUUUUUUUUUUUUUACAGUAUUUUAGCCAAAGUAAUCGACUAGUGAUGGUGGGUCAAGGCCAAAGUAGUCAGCAGUCGUAUUGCGGUAGAGACAUGUUAGAGCAUUCCGCAAAAGUGCACAAACAAUGUACAUUUUUCCUACACUCUAAAUCCAAAAGAUCUGUUUUAGCCCCAAAGUGCUGAUUCAGCUCUAUAGGCCCUGGAGCUGAUUUGACCCUUCGUGGAGCCAUUUUGUCAAUUUGGUCUAAAUCGACCCCAAUAAAGACCAUUGCAGCCCCAUCGAAAACCGUUUUGGCCCACAGGAGAAAUUGUUUCAGCCAUGUGAUGCGUAUCGGCCCCUUUCACAAGAGCCAUUUCUACUCAAAAAAUAGAGACAUUUCAGGUUUUAGUCUAGUUGGCCCCUAUUUAGGGCUGACUUGGCCUAUACUAAUAGAGCUGUUUAGACCCCAUGAUAACGCAAAAUGGCUCGACCACUAGAACCAACACCGAUUUGAAGAAUAUAUGUUAAUCUUAUCAGUGUCUAGUCGGAAGCAUUAGUUCCUAAUCACUGAGUACGGGCCGCUUUAUCUUUAUCAUCGAGAGCUUCGAUAAAGGGUUUGUAGUUCGAAAGAGCAAGUUAAGACAUGGUUAGAGGCAAACAAGUUUACACAAGCAAGGUAGGAAGAGCCCACAGGUAAGUCGUCUUGAGUCACAACGAUUUCUUAAAUGGCGCAUAUUGGACCGAAGAUCGUUGUUCUGAAUCUGUCCAUUUUAAUAUAGAUGAUUUUCUAGACGGAGACAGGAGCCCAUCAUGGAGAUGAUCAUGAUAUGGUUACAGUGUAUGAGGACGAUAAAGAAUGCCGUUUUUAUUUUCCCCAUUUUAAGGAAGGAUUAAAAUUUAAGAGGAUAGUAAAGGCAGAGGCCGAGGAAAACCAGGUAAGAACAUUUUAUAGGUUAUUGUAAUUAAUUUUGCUUUCCCGCCAAGACUUAAUGAUAGCGCGGGGUUUGGAUACGAAAACAUACACGUCACUCCCAUAAAUCCUUGCACACUACCAAACUGCGCGCGCAUGUUUGAAAUGUUUAGGCGGGCUUCCAUUCAAUUCAACGGUCAGGUCAACGGACGCUCAAUAUUUUAAGCGAAUUUCAGUUUGAUUUUCGCUAAACUCGGCGAUUUUACUCCAAGCGAGAGAUAGAUCGUGGAUAGAAGAUUCUUAUCAAGAUAAUUGCCAUGUUUUGUCUCAUUUGUUUCGUAAAGGAUCGAAGGAUGACAUCGCCGUUUGAAAGGUUUGUCAUGUGCAGUGCUACAUUAUAUAAAACUGAUUGAAUGAAUUUUAAUACACAACAAUUCCAGACUAUUUUGGAAUCAAACAAGUUUUGUAGAUAACAGUUUGUACUUAAGUGAUAAAUAGAUCAGCAAAUUUCGUGAGUUUCCAUCCAUGGACAUAGUUGAAGAAAGGCAAUUUUGUUUACUCAGCUGCAUCUUUUGACCUCAACUAGCCUUCAAAUCAGUUCCAAUAAUAUAUUUCAAGUUUCUUUAUUUUUCCACAAAUUUUUAAUAGAAUGUUUGGCUGCUACAUUUACAUGUACAUAGUAAGUGAUCAAGGUAUAUUCCAGUUAGGUGCGAAGCUUUAUGCUGAGGAAUCCUUUCUGUUAGGCAUUGAUUGAUCACUUUACGGUACAGUGUAAUGCUUAUGAAAAAUGAUCAAUGGUACAUUUCUAUUUUUUUUUCCUCAAAUAACGAUUUGGUAAGGUGAUCAAGGUAUAUUCCAGUUAGGUGCGAAGCUUUGAUGCUGAGGAAUCCUAAUUCUAGGCAUUGAUUGAUCACUUUUAUACAGUAGACAUGAAGCUUUGAAUAAAAAUAAGGUUCAUCGUCAUUUGGUUUUCUUGUCAAGAUAUACAGAUGCAUGUGGGGGUCAUUUGUGUGCAAAUUUACAUGUUUCCUCUAGAAAGUUUUGUAUGUUUAUGCGUGACUGGGAACUUGUAGGCAGUAUACAGUGUUGAUGUUACCACCGCUACUUUAAAACUGAUAGAGUGAAUUACAACAAUUUCAGACUAGUUUAACAUCAAACCAGUUUUCCAGAUAACAGUUUGUAAUUAAGUAAUAAAUAAAUCAACAACUUCACGAGUUUCCACGGACAUAGUUGAAGAAAGACAAUUUUGUUUUGUCAGCUGCAUCUUUUGACCUCAACUGCAAAUCAGUUCCGAUAACAUUUCAAGUUUCUAUAUUUUUCCACAAAUUUUUAAUAGAAUGUUUGGCUGCUACGUGUACAUGUACAUAGUAAGUGAUCAAGGUAUAUGCCAGUUAGGUGCGAAGCUUGAUGUUGAGGAAUCCUUUCUGUUAGGCAUUGAUUGAUCACUUUACAGUACAGUGCAAUGCUUAAAAUGAUCCAUGGUACAUUUCUAUUUUUUCCUCGCAUAACGAUUUAGUAAGGUGAUCAAGGUACUGCAUAUUCCAGUUAGGUGCGAAGCUUCAUGCUAUGAAAUCCUAAAAUUUUCCAGGCAUUUAUUGAUCACUUUACAGUUAGACUCAAAGCUCAGAGUAAAAAUAAGAUUCCUUGUCAUUUGGUUGUCUUAUUAAGGAGUCUUUAAUUUUGUGUACAAAUUUACAUUUUUCCUCCAGAAAGGUUUGUAUGUUCAUGCAUGACUGGGAACUUGUAGGCAAAUUUUGGCAUCACAGAUUUUAUUUAAGUUUUCUGUGUGGCUGUUUGAGAAGACAGGAGUAAAAAGGAGACAAAGUGAAAGGAGAAAAGGCAGAAAACUAUAAAAAAAAGAAAGCAAAUCUUAUAACUAAAACUAAUCAUUUGCUGGAAAUGACAAAAAGAAUCAGUGACCUUAAGACCAAGUGUAGUGCCAGUGAAAGCACUUUGGAUUCAAAUACAUGUAAUAAAGCAAUGGGAAUUUUAAAACAUAAAUAUUGAACUCUGAAAAAAUUACGUAUUAGUGUCUCACAGAAAAUUAAAAGUAGUUAAAGAAAUGAAGCAACACUAACUCGUAGUUAUGAAGACAGCUACAACAAUGACGUCAUAUUAGGUCGGGGAAAGUGUGAUGUUUUUAAGCUGAUGUCUUUGUCACUAAGUGGGGAAUCAGUUAACGUUGCAGUUAUUCUGAAUUGACACUAAAACAGGGUUCUCCUUAAAUUUUAGCCGAGCAGGUAAGGGACCAUUUAUGGGCAGUAAGGCAAAAAAUGCUCCAGAGGCGCACUUUCCUAGGGGAAAUGGGGGAAGAGGGUAGUGAAGUGAGGGACAUGACCCUGCCCUCGCUGAGAAAUUUAGGAGCUAAGGUCUCUGAAAUGUCAUUCCUUCAUUUGAAGACCUAUUUCACGUAAAUCAGUUGCUGUUAUCUUUAGACAUCAAUAUGUAAAAAUGUUUGAUUCCAGUAUGUUUUUUGGUCCAUAAAAAGAAAAGUUGUGCAUACUUUAGUACUUUUGCACAUAUUCAUUCAUUUCUUUGAUCGGAUCGGAUCGCAACUUGCGCAUUUUUUAAACUUACAAUAUUUAUUUUUAAUAACCCUUCAGCGGUUGCAGGCGGUGAGAACUGUUGCUUCAGGCGGUAAAUUUUAACGGUUACCGCUUGAUAAGGAGAACGCUGUAAAAGAAGCUGUUAUUGAUGAAGCCAAUCUUUUGUCGUGCAUCUAUCAUAAGGCAUUUCCCUAUUUUGGUGUGUGUUUUUUGGAGGGUUGCAUAACAUGCUCAUACUAGUCUAGAGGCUUGUGGAAUGACAGGAAAUCAAACACUCAGUUACCAUUAAUAGAGAGCUCUGUUAAACUGGAAGUAGAUGUGUCACUGAAACAUUGUGGUUACACAUUUUAAUGCCUUGUUGUAAGGGAUUUUACAUAUGACAUUAAAGGUGAUAAUAAUUUUUUAUCUUGAUUUCCAAAAGGUGUAACUUGGAUGAUUGGCAACCUAAAAUAAUAGUCUUUAAUAAAGCAUGCAAAAUAGAAUCAUUGAGAGUCAAAAUUCCUGCAAGCGAAAAGAAGUUGACUCAAUCAUGUCAUAUGCAUAUUGUUCUAGCUCUGUAUGAUGGAAAAUAUCCCCUUGCCCAGCCUCAGAUGUCUUGAGCUUUGGGUAUACAUGCAUGGUUAGGGAAAUUGCCAAAACAAACAGGUCAGAAUUAUUAUUGUAUCUACCUGUAUGAGCAAGUAUUAAGGACUGACCAACAUUUGAUAUACUGCUGGGGGACCUAAAGAAUGUUGUUACUAUGUAAUGCUGAUUGUAAUAUGUUACAGGUCAAAGUUGGUUUCAGGUUAAUUUUGAUUUAAUCUUGGUUGAUUCUCAAUUUCCUUUGUUUCCUAGCCCUAAUUCAUGAAAAAUUAGGGCUAGGAGACAAAGAAUAUUUUUACAAUACUGCAGGAGUGGUCAUGUGACAGUUUUGUAACAUAAGAUAAUAGUUUUUAUCAUAUGAAUUAAUAAAGACUAUUAUUAUUAUUGUUAUUAUUAUUAUUAUUAUUAUUACAGUGAAACCUGUAUUAAGCGGACCCCCAGUUAAGCAGACACCCUCUAUUAAGCGGACACUAAGCCGGGUCCUGAAAUUAAUGCUUUAUAGUUCCCUUUAUAACGAACCCCUAUUCAGCGGACACCUCUAUUAAGCGGACGUGGACACUAAGAUAAGGUGUAUUUUGCUAAUUUCUAUUGUUAAAAGCCUCUAUUAAGCAGACACCGCACUGAAUUAAUAAUAGUAGUAUUGGAUUACGUCCUUGAAAUACGGACUGAAGUCAGUUAAUGUUUUCGCAUUUACAAACAAACAAUUAAAGUAGGUAAUGAAAGGUAAUGAACUUGAAUGGCUUCUUUAACAACGUACAACUUUAUCACAGUACAGAGUAACGUCAAAUGUUGAUCGUUAACAAACAUUGCGCCAUUUUACAAACUCUAUUAAGCAGACACUUGGGAAGGUCCCGAAGGUGUCCGCUUACUAGAGGUUUCACUGUAUUAUUAUUAUUAUUGCUACUGAGUCAGACUUGCAUGUAUUAAAAGACUUUCAUCUGUAAUGUUAUUGACUACUGGGUAAAUUCAUAGCUUAAACUGCUUAAAGCUUACAUGUACAUUAUUGCAACUCUAUUUUAGGUGGCCAUGUUACUUCCUAUGAUUAGCAGAGUUAUGUAAAAUUUGCAUUUCUAGUUCUUGAUAGAUGAUAACCAUUCAUUGUAUUACACUACUUAACCACAGCUAUCAAGAACAGUAUUUUUCCCUUUUUGUCAAUGUAAAUUAUUAUUGCCACAUGUAGUUUAAUUUGGGAAACUGUAUGUUAGUAAAUGUACAACUUGUUGAUGUUGUUCUUUCUUGCUUUUUUGACAGAGAAAUGCUUCAGUUGAUGCAGAAAUAGCCACUUUCAUAUAACCGCAAACUGUUGCAAUUGAAGAGGCCUUUGAUUUCAACAAAGUUUACAUUGUGUGUGACGGAAUAAUGUUAUGCACCAUUCUGCACCAGAGUAUUGUAGAGAGUAUAAUUUCUUUGCUGUCAUCAUUUUAUAUAGUUAACAUGGUAAUGGUAUAUAAAGGUCAUUCAGACCUUGUUGAGUGUCAACACACUCUUCAAUGGCAUUUUCAAUUUGUAAUAGUGAAAUGUAUAGAGAAAAGCUCUACUAACUUAACAGAACAAUUUUUUUCCUUCUUUUUCAUACUUUUACGAUUUGGCGGUUAAAACUUCUCAAGCAAAAUGCCUUUAAAAUGCUCAAAGGCUCCUAAGAAGUUAUACUCACUUCUACUGUAAUCAUUACAGCUGUAUGUAGUGCUUAAAAUUCAGCACCAACCCCUCUAUUUUGAGCCUAAUGAACUUCUUGGCAACCUUGAGAGUUUUAAUUUAGCAGGGUUCUGCUGAGUCACUUUUGUGACAUUAUUUUUAUGAAAUUUGGUGUUGGAGCUCCCAGCAGUAUUUUAUAAAGUUAUCUUAGAGAUGUACAUUCCAAAUUUUGGUUAAGUUUGCUAAAAAUAAUAAUAAUAAAAAAUAUUUUACAUUGCACUGAGCAUGCCUCUUGUGUGUUUUAAAUGAGAGGGCAAGUUAAUGAGAUUAGAUCUAGCACAAAAUAAGAACACUUUUAGGGUAAAUAGCUGUUAAUUGUAGGCUCAAAGAGCAGUUUUAAACUCACUUGCACCUGAAGGAGAACUAAAGUGUAUUUUCCUUUGGGCUAUAGUUAGGCCUUGAUUCUAAAUGGCCCAAAAAUGGGGCCAUUUUAUAGAAUACCAAGAACCAUUAUAAUCCCUGUGGAUGGGCUGUUAUAAAUAAUUAAGGUCCAAAACGGCUCUGGUAAGAAAUUCCAUUUCAGACAUAAUGGUACCGAUUUAGUCAUAGAAAGUACAUUUGUUUUAACUCCUCAUUGGGCCAAAUUGGCCACGAAAUAUGGGCCAAUUUCCAUCUUAACUGAAGGUAUGAAACGGCCCUGUAAGGGCUGAAUUGACUCUUAAAAUGAACCACUUCAACCCUAUUAGAAACCAAAACUACUCCCUAUUUUUCCAAAACAGCCCUUUUGCCUCUUCGUUGUGGCCACUUAACAGAGGGCUAUUUCCACCCCGUUCAUUGGGGCCAAAACGUCUCCAUUCUAAAUGGGCUAAUUUAGCCCCAAAAAUAGUACUGUAUUUUACUCACCGAAACGGCCCCAUUUUUGGGGCCAAAACAGAUCUUUUGGAUUUAGAGUGUACAUGGCUAAGGCCAAUUUUGAGAUUCUUUUUGUAAUCGAGAAACUUGAAAUAAUUUAUAAGGUCUCCAAACAACCAUUCCACACUUGUACGUACAGAACUCAUAGAUGCAUUAAACUCUUCCAUUUGUCUUGUAAACACCCCAUUUCUGAAGGGGCACUGCAGAUGGGUACGUAGAGGAUAUGCCGGAUCCCCGUAGAUACACAUCUCCUGUCCAGCAGGGGAAAAGGCGAACUGUGCCAGGUCAACAUAGAGGCCAGAUGUGUCUAGCAUUCUCGCAUCAUGCAUUCGUCCCUCUGAACAAGAGCCAAAAAAAUUAAUUUUGAACCACAAUCAGUCACACAUUGGCUGGCUGACAAACUGUUACCUAUAUAGACCAUUGAUUACCUUAGUAAUUGAGUAGGCAAAAAACAACAUAGGAUUCGCUGGCUAUUAUUCUUACAGUCCAGGUACUUAUGGCCUAUAAGUCAGAAUUUAUAAUUUAUUUGUCUGUGGUGACAGGACAACCAUUUCCUCUAAUAACAAUUGAAAGUGGGAGCUACUGAAAAUACCUCUGAUUUGAGAGACCAGGAGGGAGUCAUCAAGAAACGUCAGAUUAACAUUAUGAGAAAAGAAAUCAAUCUAACUUUUAAGUUCACAUAAGUGAUAAAAAUGUCUCUCCAAGUAAAAACAGCUACGGUACUAUCCCACCAUAAAAAAUGAAUGAAUAUACCCUUACCUACUGGUCCAAACAGAUGGCAAAUCAAUCCAUUUGGUAGGGCCAAGGAUUGAAAUUUAAGGGCGUGAACGCGCUUGUGGCCAUUGUAAACAGCUCUCUGAUUGACUCCUGGUUUUGAUAUGGGACGAACCGUUCCAUCAACAAAGCCGAAACAGUUUUCCAAGGCGGCACCUUUGUCAUGAAUUGCUUCAGAGUAAGUUUGCAAUAGGUUAGGAGACAUAAUGAAAUGAUUCCAUUCGGUAAUCCUAUGGCCAUGAACAUUGUACAUCCAUUCAGUGACUUCAUUGCUAAUCAUGCUGAGCUCGGGCACUGAUCGACCAAAAGUAGAAAUCAUAUCAGACAACCUACAUGGAUAGCUAAAGCGCUUUAGUAUAACACAAAGUCCUUCUGUUGAAUCACAAACGGUACCAUUCGGACAUGUGAAGGUAUCAGGCAUCUGUAAAACAUCCAACAGCAAUGAGAUGUCACUCUUUUCGAAUCUGAAGUCUGCCUUACACUCUGCGGGGUCUUUGUUUUCGAGGGAAAAUUUUUCGUAAUCCCAGUGGCGAAACGGAAGGUUUUGUGGAGUGAAUUCUUCAUAAAGCGCGGCAAAUUCUUCGUCAUCUAUUAACUUUUCUUCCAGACCAAGGAGCAAAGCUUCCUGUAACGUCUUAAAUGAGUUUUGAGUAAUUCUUGUAGGGAAAGGUGAAAAGCGUUUUACUGUUUUCCAGACGAUGACUAGUCUAAAUGAUCGCGUUCUUGAUCUUAACUACAUAUUUCCCGCGCUUAGUACGCGGUGCUCGCCCAGCCCCACUCUCGGUCCUCGCGUUUUCCAGACCACCGCGUUGUCGGUUCUUAAAGUCCCUAGUUUUGAUAGACGUGUGACAUGUGAAAAGCGGAAGUCUCUUGUCUUUUCCCGUUUGUUCUAACAAAAUAAAGUCGGGGAGAUUCAUCGAGAUUUUGUGGGCGUUUUUGAUAAAACGAUUUUUCAACUCGCGCUUGUUGGAUAUGAGAUGAUUGUAGCCAACUCGGCGCUAAGCGCCUCGUAGGCUAUCUACCAUCUUAUAUCCAACGCGCCCUCGUGGAAUAACUGUGUUAAAUACAUUUUGACAGACUGAUAUAUAUUCUUUCACGAGCUUUUCCUUUUUUUUUUGUUCCCACCGGGUUGGUAAGUUUGUUGCUGAGAGCUCGUCAAACGUCAACAAUUAUUUGACAAGCUCUCAGAAACAAACUUUCCAACUCGGUGGAAACAUAAAAUAACGAAGGAGCUUGUGAAAGAAUAUAUAUCACUCGGUCAAGAAUGUGUGUAAUGAGAUAGCUCACUUCACUCUCACUCUCAUCAAACUGUUCGUUUACGCGGUUGAAAAUGAACUGUACACUCUGGCAGAGGUAGGAUUUCAAUUCUUCAGACCUCAAGUGACGAGUUCGCCACAUUUCCCAAAGACUACUUCUACUUCUUCUUCUUCGUCUUACUUCAUGUAACUCAGUGAAUUAUACCUGUUCCCGUUUCCAGGCUAGCGCGGUCAAAUAGGCGAACCGAAACGACGAAACGAGACAUCGAAGAGACGAAAAGACGAGACGAGUGACAAAUCGAAACAAGGAAAUGACACGAGGAAACAGCAGCGAAAUUAAGAAUUGGUGGACGAGACGACUGAAGGAAGCAACGAAGUGACACAAAGAAACGACGAAACAACGAAACGACAUCACGAAACGACGAGCCGAACAUGUUGUCCACGAUUUGACUUCAUAUAUACAUACAGCCUUGACGCUUAUUACAGUAAUGAUCUUUUAGAACGGAACAAAUAGUUCACAUGCAUUACAUUAAUGGAGCAACGAGACUAGCAGAGAGAAUGUUAUUUUGUGGGAAUCGAGAUGACGCAUGGAAAUUAAACAGUCAAGAGAUACAGCAGUACAAAAAAUAGAAAGGCAGAAAAAUGGCCUAUCAUUUGUAUGAUAGAAUGUAAAACAUUUCAGACCAAUAAAAUCACCCAUGACUUAAACUCUGAAAGCAAUAUCAGAAAAAGUCGCGUCUUUCACUGUUUAAUUUAUUUCAAGCAUUACCAUGCCUCAAUGGAAGCCAAAAGUAUAGUUUCGUUUUGUGUUUUUGAUCUAAACAAUAAAAUAACCAUGAAAAAACACAAGAUGGCCCAUUGGUCUGCAAUUUAUGUCAGUGCCUCAUUGAUAAAUGGCGGGCUGUGUAAAUAUGCGAUCUUUGAUAUGGAAAAUAAGUAGCUCACAAACUUUGCUUUUGUCUCUCUACCUCGCAGGUAAUCGCUUACACAACACUCACGUUGAUAGUCAUAUCUGUGAUUUUGUUUUGUUUGGAGUCGUUACGGUUUUUUCAAGAUGGUAAACCAAAACUCUCACUUGAAAUCCUUGAAGGAAUCUGCGUGGCUUGGUUUACCCUGGAGCUGUUGGUUCGCUUCAUCUUUUGUCCGCACAAGUUGGCGUUUUUUAAAAAGGUCAUGAACUGGAUCGAUUUCCUGGCGAUUGUGCCUUUUUACAUCAGCUUGGGUUAUCCAUCGGAUUCUGAUGUGGGGAUCCUUAACAUCAUUCGAUUAAUACGGAUUUUCCGUAUAUUCAAACUUUCACGGCAUUCGUCAGGGCUUCAAAUUCUUGGGCACACGUUGCGGGCAAGCGUACGCGAGCUUCUUCUUCUAAUAUCAUUUCUCUUAAUUGGAGUGGUGUUGUUCGCUAGUUUGAUCUAUUACUGGGAGAAAGACGCUGAAAAUACAAAAUUUACUGACAUUCCUAACUGCUUUUGGUGGGCUGUUGUUACCAUGACAACUGUCGGGUACGGUGACAUGGCGCCCACUACCACAGUAGGCAAGUUUAUCGGCAGCAUAUGCGCAGUUUGCGGUGUGUUGACAAUUGCACUUCCGGUUCCUGUGAUCGUAAAUAACUUUUCACUGUACUACUCUCACGCGCAAGCGAGGCUCAAACUGCCCAAGAAGCGGAGAAGGCUUCUCGUGAACGCAUCGAAUGCUCUGAAAGCAUCAGCGGUGGUCGAGAACGGAAUGAGCGGGGAUUCAAAAGGAAGCUCCGAUAGUGGCUGCGGUGAAAAUAGCACUUCAAAUGGAGGGCGAAAAUGUAGUCUUCUCAUCACAGAUGAACUUAAUGAAAUUAAGCCACGGCGACCGGUUAGAAGAGAUAGCCAUCUGUUUAACAACAGUGCAGCGUCUUCAAACGGGGACGUACCUACCAAUCGGCCAACUUACGCCAUGCAGAAAAGGACCUCUAUGAGACCAACGGUACCUACACUACCGGAAAUUGAGUGAGCCUGAAGAGACUAAAGCUGAAGCCCUAAAGGUGCGUGUAGUCCUUUACUGCUAAAUUCCCCCCUAGAAUUGCCUAUCACUAAAGACCUUACUGGGUGGAUCUGGGGUAGGGCAGAUGCGUUCCUACCUCCCCGCUUCAAAUUUCAUCAGAUCAUAAACGACAUAGACCUAGUUUUUUUUGUUCAUUAACUCAGUUAAAGAACUUUUAAACUGCAGUUUACCAUAGCAAUGGAUCACACACAGCCUUCAAAAUUCAUUCGGAAAAAAAAGUUUUUAAUCACGGGAUUAUUAAAUUGCCACAAAUGAGAUUUGAUUUACUAGAAAACAUGGGAACGGCGAGGAAGAGGAAAGGAGGAAUUUUCAACUUUAAGUCAAGUUCGGACCGUCCGAAACAGACAAGUCCUGAAUGGGCUCUUGCUUUAGGCUCAGUCUAAAGAUUCGGGCGAGAGUUCAAGGAGCUAACACUGACUGAUUUCAUUUCGUGAAAUACGUUUUAAAGCGUCACGUUUCAUUGGAAUAGUUACUCCAAAAUAUUUCCUUCAAUGAUUUAAUGUAAAUGUUAAAAAUCAUUAGGAUUUCAUCCCCAGACUCAAAAUGGAGGGCCACCUUGCACGCAUGAUAAACAGUACCACAGAAAAGUACUACUCAAUAGCUUUAAUUUGAGUGGUCACAUUUUAGGACCUAAUUUCUUGGUAUAAGAAGAUCACGAAAGCAGCGCGAUAGAUGCUGGCCUCCGCUUGGGCACAACCUAAUAUUUUUUUAUGCCCAAUCAGAGGCAAGCAUGUGAAUGAGAUGUGGAACUGGUUUUUUGAGAGUAGCAUUCCAAGGGCUCUUUCGUCUGUUCUUGAAAACUGUGGCCGCCAUUUUUCCCGACCCGACAUACCACUCCUGGGCCCGGCCUAUGGGGAUGACGUUAGGAUUGUUUUCACAGACUCAAAAACUAGAACCACCUUGUACAGCAUAUCAAAAAAUACCACAAGAAAGUGCUGUUUGAAUCGCGCACCACACAGUUGCGGACUUAUUUUACACACUACAGAAUUAAAACAUUGAAAGACAUGCAUUGUGUUAAAACUCAGCUAUAUGCUAGUAUAAGUGACUGGUUUCGUAAACUCCUGCAGCAUCCCCCUAACUAACUAACUAACUAACUAUCAUAUUUAUUACGUCAUAGGGUAUGGAAAAGGCACCCAUAGGCAACGUCUCACCUCCAGAGAACUUCACCAGCGUAUAACAACAUAAUUCGCUAACCGAAGCUAUUCCUGACAGAGCCGGUAGGGAGCGAAUACACUUCUAACAGAAUUCAUGAAAAUCCGUGACAUUCAAAAGGAAGAAAGUCAAAGGAAAAUUAUUUUUAAAUUUAAGGACAGACCAUAACUCGCUCACCAAAGCUAUUCCUGACAAAAGUUGGGAGCGACUACACCACGAACAGAAUUGGGUUAACUCAACACCAGUUUAAAAGAAAGAAAACCCGAAGAGCUUAUUUUAAAUUUAUAUUCAAACUAUUUAUUUUGAGAGAUUCCAAAUCGGAGGCCUUGUUUUCAUCGUUUUUCGCUGGCGAAAUAUGUUAAAAUCACUAUGUUAGGAGCCCAUAAAAUGGCGGGGCUUGGUAAAUACAGUAAUAACAUUUUACAGUGAUCGAAGAUCUUUAUAUGUCUUCACUUAUAUCAGACAAGUCAUUGUGUGAAUAAUUAUUUAUUAAUUCACGUAUAUAUUUAUUUUCAGUUAUUUUGGGUAUAUGAUUUACUUUGUUUCAAAAAGAUCAGUGAUCUUAGGAUUUUUUCGAGAAACAAAGUUCAAAUUUAAAUAAUUAUGUGAAUCUCAUUAUAGUUUUGUUUUAAGCCGAUGGCAUGCAACAAUUUUUACCUGUGUGUGUCUGUGCCUCAGAAAGUUUCAAACGAUAUACAUAUAUCUAGCCAGAUUUUUGAAAACAUUCGUAUUAAAACUGGAGCCAUUUGAAUAAAAAGAGGCCAAAAAGGCAUAUUACUUGUAUCCGAUAAGCCCGAAAAUCACGCUAAAGAAAGAAUAAAAGAGAAAAAAUAAAGCCGAAGCGAGGAAAAAUCAAGAUGGUGAAAAGAGAAAAGCAAUCAGAGGGUUGCAUUACAUAUUGUUUACUUUGGAGAAUUUUUAACGCAAAAACUGCUUUACGGAAGGAGUCUAUUUUGGCAGUAACUUUUUCAAAUACUCCCGCUAGAUAACUCGGCAUUCACUGUAAAGAGCAUUCAGCGAUGUUUCUUUCUCUAUCAGUUGUGGUUUCCUUCUUCCUGAAUUGCUAACGAGUUUGAGAAUUUCAUUUCAAAGACGUUAUCACAAGUAGGUUUUGAUAUCAUUUAAGUUAAAUGCUGUUUUUAAACUCGUCAUGUUUUCUGACAUCUUAAAGCAUUUAGAUGUAUAAUGUUUAGCACACGAGUAAAAGUGUUUUUGUAAAUAAGUUUUAGUCUUACUAACUCUCGUUUUAUUAAACGCCUCGGACGUUUAAUGUAGAGCGGUCCAAAUGUCAUACUUCUAUAAGGGUUUGAAUUAUUUUGGCGCGAAGAAAAUUGGCACUGAACUUAAGCAUCGUCUAGUAGAUCAGAUAUAGCGGUCUCUAUGAUCAGCUAUGAUCCAAGAUUAUUAACGUGUUUUAGUUUUCAUUUAUUGGAAUGCGGAUUUGUCUCAAAGACAGGCAGAAAAAUGAAUUGCAGCAAAUUUUGGCCAUCGUACAUUAUAAAAUGCUUAGAGAGUGGCUAUCAGAUCAAAUCUCUUAUCAGAGUGGCCUUUGUAAAUGGUACUGAUUUGAAAUACGAACUUCGAGAAGGACAUUCUUCAGUACUGCAGUUGGUGAUUAUCGUUCUGAUGAUAAAUUAAUUUUCGUGCAGGCAAUAUAGUCUAAGGUAUUUUGUUUAGUAAAUACGUUGAAUUAACAUUAAAGGAUUAAAAAGGAAUUUGUUUUCACCCG